AUGUGGGAAAAUCGCCUAACCAGACUCGCCACACUGUAUUUAAUUACCACCACCGUGGGUAUACUCACGUGUGAUGCUAGGAACCCACGACACACUAAAUUUCACAAAAAACACACUCCAAUAACUGACAUAUCACCCACAGCUAAUAAUUUGGAUGAUUAUGAAUUAAUUACUUAUGGAAAUGACGAAGGUCUACACGAUGAACCUGGCCUUGGUAGUAUAGUUACAGAUAUCGAGAUAAGGACACCCGCCAAUUUUGAUGGGACAGCUGGUAAUAAGGGGAGAAAGAGCAAGCGCACUGAUAAACCAGUGAAAAAGGCAAAGCCAGUGAAAACGAGGAACCCAGUGAACAUCACCGAGAUAAAUAACGCUAAUGAUGAAGAUACUAUCGACGCAGACUUAGACGAAGAUCUAGAGGAUGAUACUUAUACUGAUAAGCCCACCGGUUUCUUUAUGAAAUGUUUUUAUGGAUUUUGUAUAUUAGCAUCCAUCGCUGUUGUAGGAUUUUUAUUAUAUUUCCUAUAUACAAAUUAUUUUAAAUCUUGGUUCAGCAAACUCAAGAACAUAAACAUCAGCAGGCUCUGGAAAAGGGGCGCGGCUAGAGUAGAGGGCGAAGACUCUGCAUUGCUUGUCGCAACAGAGUAG